AUGGCGGUCCUCCAAAUCAGCCUUGUCAUUGCCGCCUACAUCGUCUACAAACUCAUAUCAUCCUACAUAGCAGACAGACGCUUCAACUCCUUCGCUGAGAAGAAUGGCUGCUUGCCCCCAGCCGAUGUCUCCGAGCCCUUCCCAUGGGGCUUCAGACGACUCUACCGCAUCUUGCGCGUGAAGAAGACCGGCGAAGACGUCCUCGACGACAUCAUCAUGUCCGACUUCGACGAGGCUGGAGGCAGCCGAACGAUUCAAUUCAAGGUUUUUGAUGGGUCGACUAUGUUUAUGACGGCGGAUCCGGGGGUGCUGCAGGCCAUGCUUGCGACCCAGUUUAACGACUUUGGGACCGGGAAGCGGCGGUAUGAUGUCUUUAAGCCGCUUGUUGGGAAGAGUAUCUUCUCAUCCGAUGGGCCGUUCUGGGAGCAUUCACGUGCCCUCUUCAGACCCCAAUUUGCGAGAGAGAAUAUCAACGACCUCGAAGCCACCGAAAACGCGUCCUCUGCGCUUAUCACUGCCCUUGGUCAGACUGACAGCAAUGGGUGGACAUCUGGAGACGAAGUCCUGCCCUUGGUGUACAACUUCACCCUUGACACUGCUACGGACUUUCUUUUCGGACAGUCAGUAGAAUCUCAACGGAUUGCGAUAGCGGCCAGGUCUGGGUCUGGAGCAUACCAAGACCACAGUACAAGGGAACAAAUAGAGGAGGCCAAGAAUUUUACAGACUCCUUUGGCAUCAUGAACGACUAUCUCAUCAUGCGCAUCCGAAUGCAAAGUCUAUGGUGGCUCGGUGACAGCCUGAACCUUCGCAGGGCAAUCAGAAGGAUACAAAGAUUCGUGGACCCCAUCGUCAAGCGCUCCAUCGACACUGCUACCUCUUCUGCGAAGCGGGAAGAAAAGAAGCAAAGUCUGAUGAACAAUCUAGCGACACAGACACAAGACAGAACAGAACUACGGAAUCAGGCCCUGGCUAUCCUCCUGGCCGGGCGAGAUACCACUGCUGGGAUGCUCGGCUGGGCACUAACACGACUCGCGCUGCAUCCUGAGGUCUUCGCUAAGCUGCGCAGCACUGUGCUACAGGAGUUCCAGCCUGGCGAUCCCAUCACAUUCGCCAAACUGAAGGGUUGUCGAUAUCUCCAGCACUUCCUCAACGAGGUCUUGCGACUUCACCCGACUGUCCCGGUGAACCAAAGAUCAGCCUUCAAAGACACCGUUCUACCGGUCGGCGGCGGUCGGGACGGCCAGUCACCAAUGGCUGUGCGGAAGGGCACAGUCAUCCUCUUCAGCGUGUACAUUAUGCAUCGACGCAAGGAACUCUGGGGUGAAGAUGCUCUGGAGUUCAGACCGGAGAGGUGGAGCGAGCAGCGGUAUCCGGCAUGGCAGUUUUUGCCCUUCUUGGGUGGCCCGAGAAUAUGUCUGGGACAGCAGUUCGCUUUGACAGAAGCAAGCUAUCUGCUCGUUCGGCUCCUGCAGCAGUUCGAUGCCAUGGAGCCGACGAAUGCAGCGGAGGCGCAGAAGCUGAAGAAGGGACUCGGGGUUACAAUGUGGCCUGGCGAUGGGACGAAGGUGCGCUUUCGGAAAGCUGCUUCUACUUGA